AUGUUGCAGAAGAUGACAGAUGAAUUACUUUUCUCGGUGCUGGGAUUAAAGAUGGAUGAGACGGGAGAAAUAGCGCCCACGACGCUACCCUGCGACUACGAAAUCCCAUGUAGUCUUGAAAACCCGGAGUUCGUAGAGUUGAACAACUUUACAAGUUCAGUUAGUGACAAUUUUGAGCACUAUACCGACUUGAACCCAAGCAGCUAUCCGACAGAAGUGACCUGGAGUGACUACAAUCCUAAUGUCUCGGAGGCUUCGCCGUGUCUCAGUGAACUGAGUGAGCUGGACUGCGAGCUUGACUGGUGUCUCGACAAGUCCUGGGACUUGGGGCUGCCUGACAGGACUCCAAUGUGUACGCCAGGAUGCGAGAGAUUUCUACACUUGCCACCUCCAAAAGCUGCCGCUGAAGUACCCACCUUUCAACACGACGAGCCUCUUCUUGUGCUGGGAAUUGAUCUCAGAUCUCUGGAGAAUAGUAUGGAUUUUAAUAACAAUUUGUUUGAAAGCAACGUGAUGUACUCCGCGUCAGCUGAUGCAGCUUUGGCGACUCAUGAUUACACGAAUCGUAAUCUGGAGAAUAAUGACGAUCGCUGCUUUCCAUGUACUUAUCAAGGAUGUUUGAAAGUUUACGCCAAAGCUUCUCAUCUAAAAGCUCACUUGAGACGUCACACAGGCGAGAAGCCAUUUGCCUGUACCUGGGCAGGAUGUGGCUGGCGAUUUAGUAGAUCAGACGAGUUAGCUCGUCACCGAAGAUCUCAUUCAGGCGUCAAGCCAUAUCCUUGUGAGAUGUGCUCAAAGAGAUUCGCCAGAAGCGACCACUUGGCCAAGCACCGAAAAGUUCACCGGAAAAAUGCCUACGCUUUUCCUGGCGGCAGAGGUUAUCGAGGGAACAAAGUUAACGUCCAAGCAUGA